AUGGAUCGGGAGAGGGACAUUGAUACUGCGGCUGGAGCCCAUGCGAGCGCCCCUGGGGUCCCAGUGCGAGGCAUGAAGAGGGGAGACCCCGAGCCUGACGCGCAGACAGCCGCUGCCCUCACUGACCUGACCGCGGCAGAGUGCAAGAGAGCCAGGAUAGAUCCAGGCACAGGGGCUGUUGUUGGAGACAUAGGGCAGAACAAUGAGCCUUUAAAUCCUGGUUUCCAUGGAUACCCACCUCACAGUCAGGGCUCCCAGGAUUCGACAGGAGGACAGGAAGGACUGGUAGCUCCGCCUUUUGCAGCGUUCCCCCCUCCGCCCCCACCUCAAAACGGCCUACCCGGGACAGAAUUCGGCCCCGGGGCCAUGUUUGGUGCUGCGGGCCAGGGCACAGCAGAAGUAGGAGCCAGUGUGAAUGGGGCCAACGGUGCUGCAACCACCACAAAUAAUGGGAAGGUGGAGGAGACGUCCCAAGGAGAGACCGGGGUGCAGUGCGGGACAGGGGGCACGGGAGGCUCAGGAGGAGGGUCCCCAGGGGAUUCGGAGGCUAAAGGCGCUCCAAAAAGACUACACGUUUCCAACAUUCCCUUCCGAUUCCGGGACCCAGACCUCAGGCAGAUGUUUGGGCAAUUUGGGAAAAUUCUCGAUGUAGAGAUUAUUUUCAACGAAAGAGGAUCAAAGGGUUUUGGCUUCGUGACAUUUGAGACCAGCGCAGACGCCGAAAAAGCCAGAGAAAAGCUUCACGGCACACUGGUGGAGGGACGCAAGAUUGAGGUGAACAAUGCCACAGCCAGGGUGAUGACUAACAAGAAAAUGGUCAGCCCCUACCCGAACGGAGAGGCUCUGAGCGCGCUGCCUUAUGCAGGUUGGAAACUGAGUCCCAUGAUGGGAGCUGUGUACGGCCCAGAGCUCUACGCAGUGCCAGGGUUCCCAUACCCGUCAGCAGCUGCAGCGGCGGCCACCACAGCAGCAGCAGCGUUCCGGGGAGCGCACCUCCGAGGGCGCGGCCGGCCGGUGUACAGCGCUGUGCGCGCCGCGAUGCCUCAGGCUGCCAUCCCCACAUACCCUGGUGUGGUCUAUCAGGAUGGGUUUUACGGAGCUGCAGACUUGUAUGUAAGUAAACUCACGUCUCACCCACACCGCACUCUCCCCCUCACUGCUUUUCUCUUUUGUUUUUCCUCUGCGGGUGAUUCUGCAUGUGAGUCCACUCGCCACAGACUGCCUGGCUACAGACUAGUGUUUCAGGACUCAGUGCUUAGUCCCAGGUUGCCUCAGGGUGGGUAUCCUGCAGCCGCCGCGGCCGCCGCCUAUCGUUACGCCCAACCAGCUGCUGUAACCGGGGCAACCGCUGCAGCUGCCGCCUACAGUGACAGUUAUGGCAGAGUGUACACUACAGACCCCUACCACGCUCUGACCCCGGCCGCCGCCGCCGCGUACGGAGUGGGAGCCAUGGCCAGUUUAUACCGGGCGGGCUACAGCCGAUUCGCUCCCUACUAA